ACGUGACCUGUGGGGCUGCAACAUGGCGGAUGUUGAAACGUCGAAAUCUUUGAACGGUUUACUGAAUGGAAUAGCACAAAUAGUGUAUUAUAAUAAUGCUGAAAUAACAGAGGAACUUUUGAAAAAUGAACUUUAUCCAGACUUAACGGAGGAGGAGUUUCGCGCGAUGCAUGAAAAGAUGAAAGGUCUUUUAAAGUCUAUCGCCACUGCUAACAUGGAUCAGGCCCAGCUGGAAGCCUUCCUGACUGCCCAGACCAGGAAGCAGGGCACGGGGGGUGUGAGCGCUGAGCAGGCGGCCGCCCUCUCCCGGUUCUGGAAGAGCCACCGGGCCCGGGUGAGGGAGAGCCUGCUGGGCCAGAGCCGCUGGGAGCCCGGCCUGAAGGGCCUCACCUGGAGGGUGGACCUCCAGACCUCAGCCAGCAGAGGGGGGGCCGCUAACAUUCCCGUGGCCCUGGUGGAGCUGGAACUGGGCAGGACUGGAGAGGACUCAGACUUUGUGUGUCUGGAGUUUGACGAGGCGAAGGUGAACCAGGUGUUGAAGAAGAUGGCAGAGAUCCAGGAGAGCAUCGACGCCAUCGUACACCGCAGCUAGGGUCUAAAUUUCUGUGUGAAAUAGGAGAGAAACGUCCCUGUUCUGUAAAAACAAUAAGUGAUUUCCUGUCAUUUCUUUUCAUUCUAUGACUUGGACAGAAAACAUUAGCCUGCCAUGUAGCAGACAGGAAAACUAUGCAUUAUAGAUGUAUCUUUAUACCUUAUUUACUGUACACACUGGCUAGCUCAUUUCUUACAGUAAGUCCUAUCUGUUGAGUCUAACAAAGGGGAUAUUGUUCUAUCACUGCUAGAGAAAACCUGCUGUUUUGUGGCUGGAAGACUUCUUUUCACGUACAGAACAUACAGUACUGUUAUGCUUGAUUUACAAUUAGUGCAAUGUCCAUUUUGUACAUACCUGUUGCCAUUCCAGACAGUGACGCAUUGAUAUUUUCAGUUUAAGGCUAGUAAACCUAACAUCCCCUUGCUUAAUGUUGGGCAGACAACUUGUACGAUAUCGUUGUUCCCAAAGGAGCUGCUUCUUUCCACACUAUUUCUAGCCCCUCAACAUUCCGGCUGCCUGACCUGGCCUGAACUUUCCGUACUGGGCACAGACCAGGGGUGUAGGCUGUUCAGUGAGGUGAGACAUUCACAAUAUUGCAAGUAGAAAUAGAACUGACAAGAUUUGCUAUUCUACAUGAUAGACAAGCCUAUCUGUUGUACAUGCAAAAUAAUGAUCUGAAUAUGUUGUAUGGUUGCACCCUCCUGGACGCCCACAUGCUGUCUCAAUUGGCCCAAUGUCUUAAAUAUCCUUAUUUUCUUGUCUCACUUAUUUUGUAUUGAUUGGAAAGACUUUUGAUUGUUGAAAAGCAAAAUGAUGGAGAGUAUCUGGUCCUUUGAACUGUCAGUGAUCAUAAAAGAGAAAACGAACAUUUAUUCAUCCAUAGUGAUGUCAUAAAGAUUAAUUUGUACAAUAAAGGUUAGAGCUGGGACGAUAAACCAAAAAUGGUUGAUACUGACCGAACCGAUAUUUAUCUCCAACAUUUUACUGAUAUUGAUAAUAACGAUAAGUAGCCUUUACUAGAGGAAUGCGUAGUUUUAAAAAAUCAGUAAGUCUGCUAAUAUACGCUAUUUCUAACUGGAUAAUUGAUAGCUACAACAUUCAAAGUAGUAGUUUUUAAGGGUAAUACAAAAGAAGUAACUGGUGCACAUUCAUGUUAUCAAUUUAUUGUUCAGUUUGUUAUUAUCGUGAUAAUUCAGUCAAUUUAUCGUGAUUUGUCCAUAUCGCCCAGCUCUAAUGAAAUGUCAUCUUGUUACCCCCAUUUGCAGAAUGGGAUAUCAACCCACACUUUGGAUCAGGUGUUAAAAUGUUUUAUUAAACUGUAACAAAAUGUAUCAAAGCCUGCUUUUCAUGUUGUCUUUGUAAUGAAUAAACCAAAGUUAAAGGAC